AUGGCAAGUUUAACUUGGGACUGGCGAAACAAGUUCAUAGACUAUCUGGCGGAGGGAAAAUUACCAGUGGACCCUAAAGAGUCACGAUCUCUUAGGACCAAGGUGGCAAGAUACAACUUGAUCGAAGGAAAAUUAUAUCGGCGUUCAUUUUAUGGUCCUUUAGCCAGGUGUUUGAGGCCCGGAGAGACGGAUUACGCAAUGCGCGAAGCCCAUAAAGGAACUUGUGGUAAUCAUUUCAAGGCUGAGUCAUUAGUUCAAAGGUUGAUUCGAGCCGGUUACUACUGGGAUCAUAUGGAUGAAGACAUGAAAACAUUCAUUCAAAAAUGCCUUCGAAAAGGUAUUGGAAAAAGAGGUUAUCAACUUCAUAUGGGAUCACAUCAUAUGUCGGUUCGGCAUCCUGACCGAGAUCACAUGUGA